AUGAUUAAAAUUAUUAAUUUUUUAUUAAUUUUAAUGAUGUUCUUAAUUUUAUGUUUUAAUGUAAAUGCUGAUAUUGAAUGUUCAAAAAUUCAAUGUAAUGUACCUAAAUGUCCUCCAGGUUCAAAAAUAACUCAUUCAAGAGCUUUUUCAUGCUGUCCGAUGUGUGCCUAG